CUAUCCACAUCAAUGGAUAAACUAAAUGACUCUGUUGUUUCUGAAUUUGUGUUGCUGGGACUUUCUGGUUCUUCAGAAAUGAGAGUUUUUCUCACAUUGAUAUUCUGCUUGCUGUAUUUAGGAACCAUCCUGGGAAAUCUUUGCAUUUUGUUUUUGGUGAUAUUUGAUUCACACCUACAUUCCCCCAUGUACUUCCUGCUGGCAAACCUGUCCCUCAUUGACGUGGGCUUUUCCUCUACCACAAUCCCCAAGAUGAUAUCAGACCUUUUAAGUGAAUACAAAGUGAUUUCUUUUCGAGGUUGUAUGGCACAGAUAUGCUUCAUUCACAUCAUAGGAGGAGUGGAGAUGGUGCUACUUAUAGCCAUGGCAUUUGACAGGUACAUGGCAAUCUGCAAGCCUCUUCACUACUUGAAAAUCAUGAGCCCUAAAAUAUGUGUUUCAUUUGUAAUCACUGCCUGGGUAACUGGGGUGAUCCAUGCUAUGUCUCAAUUUAUUUUUAUUGCACACUUGCCCUUUUGUGGCCCUAAUAAAAUAGACAGCUUUUACUGUGAUUUUCCCAGGAUCAUAAAACUUGCAUGCACAGAUGGGUACAAAUAUGAGUUUAUUGUUGCUGCCAACAGUGGGUUCAUGACCAUGGGCACCUUUUUCCUGCUGAUCCUUUCCUAUGUCUUCAUUUUGGUCACUGUCUGGAAACAUUCUUCAGGAGACUUAUCCAAGGCAUUUGUCACUUUGUCAGCUCACAUCACUGUGGUAGUUCUUUAUUUUACUCCAUGUAUGUUUCUCUAUGUGUGGCAUUUCUCCACAUCAUCACUUGACAAAUACUUGUUUAUUGUUGAUUUUGCUAUCACCCCUGUCUUGAAUCCUGCCAUCUAUACAUUAAGGAACAAAGACAUGAAGAUAGCAAUGAAAAGAUUGAGCAAACGAGGGUAUUACACCCAGUUUUGUUGA